CACUCUCUGUUUUUGGCCCCCAAAACUUGCUACCCACGUUCUCUCAAAUGACGCUCACAUUCAUUCUCUGGGCUCUCUAUAUAUGUACUAUAAUUUACGCUGGGGUGGAAAUGCGUCAACAUUAAUAUGAAAAUGCCGGUCUCGAUGCCAACGCACAGUCUCAACCCGCACUUGGAGCCGAUUUGUGUGUCCGCACCACGCAGUGUUUGCAUUUCGUGAGUGGCAAUGCCAACUAUUGCGCAUUAAAGACAAACUAUAUCCGUACACAUAAUGACUGAACGAUAUGCGAAUGGUGUGACCACCAGCUUGGUGGACUCCUCCGAAGGUGCACCCAAGGAAACCCCCGAAUCGGAUGGAAAGAUCGUACUGAAACGGAAGCUAACUCUGCUCAAUGGAGUGGCCAUCAUUGUGGGCACCAUUAUAGGAUCUGGCAUAUUCAUCGCACCCACUGGAGUCUUUCUAUAUACAGAAUCCGUUGGAACUUCCCUGUUGAUUUGGUCGGCUUGUGGAAUUUUGUCCACAAUUGGAGCCCUCUGUUAUGCGGAGUUGGGUACAAGCAUUAUGAGAUCUGGUGGAGACUAUGCAUAUUUGCUGGUUUGCUUUGGUCCUUUGGUUGGAUUCCUACGCCUCUGGAUAGCUUUGCUGAUCAUCCGGCCAACGACGCAGACCAUUGUAGCUCUUACUUUUGCCCAUUAUGCCGCCAAACCCUUCUUUGAGGACUGCGAUCCACCUCAGAACUCGGUCAAGCUUCUGGCAGCGGUGUGCCUGACUUUGCUCACUGCCAUUAAUUGUUUGUCCGUCAAGGUCUCAAUGAAAGUCCAGGAUGUCUUUACAGUGGGCAAGCUGCUGGCUCUCAUCAUGAUAAUAAUUGCUGGUAUCUACUACAUGGCCAUCGGCAAGCUGGAGAAUUUUAGUAAUCCUUGGGAGGGCACUUAUAGUGCUCGGAAUAUUGGCUAUGCCUUCUACUCUGGCUUAUUUGCCUUCGGCGGAUGGAAUUACUUGAACUUUGUAACAGAGGAGCUGCAGGAUCCAUACAAAAAUCUUCCACGGGCCAUUUGGAUAGCCAUGCCCCUGGUCACGGCCAUCUAUGUUCUCGUGAAUUUGGCCUAUUUUGUUGUGGUUAACAAGCCGGAAAUGCUCAGUUCUUUGGCCGUAGCGGUGACUUUUGGCAACAAGGUCUUUGGACCCCUGGCCUUUAUGGUACCAAUCUUUGUGGCACUCAGCACCUUUGGCGGCGUCAAUGGCGUGCUGUUCACAUCGGCACGACUCUUUGCAACUGGUGCCCAGGAGGGACAUUUACCAAAGUUUUUCCAGCUCUUCCAUGUGAAGCAACAGACACCAAUACCGUCGUUAAUUUUCACCUGCCUGAUGUCGCUGCUUAUGCUCUUGACGGAUAAUGUCUACCAGUUGAUCAACUAUUUCAGCUCUGUGCUCUGGCUAUCUGUCGUCGCCAGCAUAGCAGGCAUGUUGUGGCUGCGGCACAAGAAGCCGGAUUUGCCACGACCAAUUAAAGUACAUCUGGUCUUGCCCAUCACCUUUAUGGUCUGCUGUGUGACAUUGGUGCUACUGCCCAAUUUCGAGGAGCCCGGGAAUCUGCUCAUUGGCAUUGCCAUCACUCUCGCCGGCAUUCCGUUUUAUUAUGUAUUUAUAGCCUGGAAGCAGAAGCCCAAGUGCUAUGGCCGCCUGUCCAGUGCUGUGGUGGAGCUCUGUCGCGGCAUGUUCAACACGACCAUCAUAGAAUCGAAUGAGGCCAUAAACUAGGACCAAUUUUCCCCCAACAAGAAAAAAAAACUCAUGUAUCGGCUAAAACCUAAUGAUGCUUUUAGUUUAAAAAGACAAAUGAUAUUCAGAGUAGCUAUCCGAGCUGUUUGCCUUUAGCCUGCAUUCUCUUUGUGAUCGGCCAACCCCCAUGUGUAUGAUAUUUGUGCUUAGAAACUGGCAUUCCUCACAUCGAAAUCGGUAUCGUUUAUAAUUGUUUAGUUUAUACACACAUACAUUUAGUUUCCCCAUAAUACGUAUAUUUAUUUUAGCAAGCUCCACAGUUAACAUAUUUUUUCUCCGUAUAUGUUAUACGAGUAUAGCCCCGAAGGCCUUCCUCAGUAGAACGCAUUUUAUAAUUUCUUCCUGAUGCCACAUUCCUUAUUUGAAUAUACGUCAGGAAGUACUGCUUUUUAUGGGAGCAAACUGCAUGCAUACUCGUAUUGUGACAUGUUUAGGGAACAAAACAACGGGCACUUUCUGGCCACAAAUUUGUAAACGUUUUUGCUGAUAAAUGUUGCUAUUUUAAA